ACGCCUCCCGCGGCGCCCUGGAUGCUCCGCCAUGCCCUGGGAGGCGGCCGCCCGCAACGCCCCGGAGGCGCCGCAGGCAGAUGGCUCUCGGAACAUCGCCUCCUCCCCUCCUCCCAGCGGAGGAAUCCAGGCCCCCGGGCAGAUUUCCCUGGCCGUGACGCCCGACUCUCCCACCAGCCUCCCGGCGGACCCCGCACUUUGUGGCAAAGGCGUGCCGGUCUUUCUGCCGGCGAAGAAGGAAGACCGGCCACAGCCCGAGGGGGCCAGCAGUGACAUGGCCGCCGGCAAUGCCCCGGCUGGCUCGGGGGCGCUGAGCGAGUGCAGCCAGGUCGUAUUGGAGCAGGCUCUGAAGGCUAGCGCGCUGAGGCCCCAGAGUCUGGGGGAGUCUCCGGGGGGGGACAUCCUGGACACCCGGAUAGUGAUGGGGGAGGAGACCCGCUGCCUCGGAGGGGCAGACGAUGCCAUGUUGGAUGCCCCCCUGCCACCCACAUCUGGCGGCCCGGAGGCUGGCUCCAGUGAGGAGGCAAGCGAUGUGGAAGAUCCGGCCUUCGAUGCCCUCCCUCCCGUCGCAAGAGACUUCGGUACCCGCCAUGCCGGCACGUCGGUGUCUCCGCCAGGCCUUCUGAAGUGCCGGGAGCCGGCGGUGGCAGGGGCGUCCCCUCUUUCUCAGGGCGAGCCAACGGCCGACGUGCCUUCCCCGCCUCCCACUCCCGCCAAAGACCUCCCCGUGGAGCUGGCCGAGGCCCAGCCAUUCCCUGCCAAGCACACCUGCAGCCUGGACCCCGAGCUUUACUUCACCGCUCCGUCCACCCCGGUCCGGACUGCGUUUCCCCCCCUCGGGCAGCCCCCUUUCUCUAGGGACAGCCUGAGUGAGGAGCAGAACGACGCGGACAGUGAGGGCCUGUGCUCCCCGCCCACCUCGCCUUCGGGGUCCUACAUCACGGCCGAGGGAGGCAGCUGGACCUCCUCGGGGACGGCCAGCACUUCCCCGUCCUGCUCUCCAAAUCUCUUAGCGGAGUCGGAAGCCGUGGAGGGCCCAGCGGCGGACAGCGAGGCUCCGUCGGAGCUCGAGCGUCCUGAGGGGGAGCCAAAACUCUCUGGGGCGGCCUCCCCUCCUCUCGGGUUAGAGGGGGAGACGGCCGUCGCAACGGUCUCUUCCGGCACCUUCAUUCCUGCGGAGGAAGACAGCGGAGGCGAGGAGGAGGAAGGCUGGGGCUGCCGGACGACUCCCUUCAAGCCUCUCCCUCAGAGGUUGGAGCAGGCCUACCCCUCUUGGCCCCCCAACGGUGACGAUUCUGAGGACGACGAAGCGGACCUCAGCUUCAGCGCUUUGGAGGACCAGGGGCGUUUUGUGGUGGAGGGCUCGGCUUUGUGCGAAGCGGAAGACGGGGACGCCACUAAGGGAGCGGUAGAGCUGCAGGCCUGCCCCGCGGCUUGCCCCCUUGCUGCCGUCUCUGGGCCUCCCUCUGAGCUCCGGGGUGUGUUUGGAGGGAGCCCCCCUGAGGCAGGUGCCCCUAGUGGGCUGCAGAGGGGGCCGCCUGCUUCCUCCCCGGACGACGGGAUGGAGAGCACCGGGAGCGACCAGAUGAUACCAGCUUUGCUCCUCCCGUUCCACGGGAGCCUGCUUUUCGAGGCAGAGUCCAUGGAAAUCACUCUCUUCCCACAGGGAGAAGUGGUGGAAAACGAUGCCCUCUCUGGCGUGGAGGACGACGACAGCACCUCCGUGUCCUUCCUGCAUUCCCUCUCGGAAGCCUCCAUCAACGAAGGAGUGGACGAGUCCUUUGCUUAUCAGGAUGACACCUCCCAGUCCUCGGACUCUGCCUCCUACGACGGGGAGGACAGCAAGCAGCCGUGCGGCGUUGAGCAGUAUGCUGCGGUCACCGAGGCGGCCGUACCUUCCAAGGAAGACCCAGAGGGUGGACCGUCCCCUCUGGGCAGCGAGAGCGAGAUGGAGACGUCCUCUGAUGCGUGCCACACGGACGAAGAUGCUGUUCCUGCAACAGGUGACCAACGUCUGCAGGCUAAGGGAGGGUCAGAGGAAAAGGGCAGCUUCCAGGAUAAGCCUGAAGAGGAAGGGGUGAUGCAGGAGGACCCCAUGAAACCUCCAAGCUCCUUUGAGGCAGCAGCUAUCUCCAGGCUGCAAGCUAGGCCAGAGUUGGAGAGCCCAGGCAGCUCCUCAAGGAGCAGCAGCGUUUCUCACGAGGGCCGAGGACAGGAGGAGUCCCUGCUGCAGCAGGACUCUGCAGUUGCUUCUGGAGACUUGGGCCCCACAGUUCAGUAUGAAAAAGGAGAAGAGUCUCUUAAGGAAAUGGCCCCCUCCUGUGCCUCUCCAGAACAUUUGCCUCACCAAGAUGUCCACCCGACCAACCCGGGGUCAGGUGACCCUGACUGUGGAGAGUGUCUCAUUGCCUGCUUUGAUUCGGAUGAAGAAUUGGAUAACCCGCCUCCGUUGGCCAAUGCUGCAGAGGGAUCUCCAUCAGCGGGUCACUUAGCUGAAGAAUGGAUAGGCCCAGUUUGUGCAGGGUCUGUCAUCCCCCUGGAAUGGAACCCCAAGUCAAGCCCAGUUCAGUUUGAAGAUCUGGAAGCCAUGGACGCCAGUGACCCAUCCACCUUUGACAUUGGUGCCCGGCUCAGAGAGUCUGAGGAAUGGCUUCUAGAGCUCCUUGACCAAGAUGGGGCCACUGGCAGAAGCUCAGCAGAACUGGAGCAGGGCCACGGUGAGAUGCUGGAUACUUCUUCAGAGAAGGAGGUACCGUUCGUGUCACUCCUUGAGUCUGAGGUGGCCAUUUUAGAACAGCCUGAAGUGAUCCGAGCAGAUACCGAGACAACGGAGGACAGCCUCAUGGCCUGUUUGGAGUCAGAGGAGGAACUUGAGGAAGCUUCAUCUCUUGAUCAGAUGAACAACAAUGAGGAUCGUGCGAUGGUGACAUUUUCUGAGGCAAAACCUGAUUCUCAUUCUCUCUUGGUACUAAGCGACGCACCGGAGAACAUACUUGCAGCAGACAAUGAGGUCCUUCUAGAGACAGCAACACCGUUGCCUCAAGAUUCCUCUUUGUUCCACCCAGAGGUUGAGGAAGCAGCUGAAUUCCAGAACUGGAGUUUAUGCGGAACACAGAAUAGCUCAAUAGAUCCGGAGAUUGAGGACUACUCAGGACACUUUUCCAAUGAAGAGGCAGCAGUGGUAGAUGACGCUACAACUCCCAGUCUUCCCGAACUGUGCUUGGAGACUGGCGAAGCUGGAACUCUCAAUGGGAGAGAGAUUCAGGACAGUGAGCAUUACCCUACGCCAGCACAGCUAGAAACGGGCAGCCACACUGAUGAAGACCUAGAGGAAGCUAAGGAGCCUUUGCACCUCUCCAGGGAAGAGUCAAUUGAAACAGAUGACAACCCACAGGAUGUGGUGGAAGUGUUAGAGGAGCAUCGGCAAGGGUCGUCUGGGGAGGGCGAUGCUGACCAGAGCUGGGAAACACCAUCUGAAGAAGAUGCAUCAGAACUUGAGAGUGAAGAAUGCAGCAAAGCAGACUUCAUUGCUGAAAUCCCACCAGGAGAAGACACUACUCAGGUGGGGGGCCAGCCGGAACCCAGUUGCUUAUCAGCAGAUGCCACCGAGCAGUUAGAAUCGGAAAUCUGGGCAAGCCAGCGAGUCGAUUCUCACAACUUAGAAACCCAGCGUUCUAGUCUGAAAGACAAUAACGUGAAUGUGCUACAGGGCAAAGAAGUUGAGGAUUUCAUGGAUGACUUAAACACAACUGAUGACCCAGCCUUGUUUGCGACCUCUGAAGAAAUAAUGGGUCACCAAGAAGAGACUGGAGAGAUGAUUGAGGAAGUUGGCCACCCUGACUCAGAAGAUAGAAAAGGGUCCACUGAAUGGCCGCAAAUUGGGGGUAUGCUGGCUCUGGAACCUCAGUUGGUGCUCGGAGAUCCUGAGCUGGUUAUUCGACACGGAACUGCAGCUCAAAGCAAUAGGGAAUGUGUGGAAUCAGUGGAGUCUCCACGUGGUGUGGAUGAUUUCCAUCUUCUGGACACCAACACUGAGGCAGUUGAGGCUGCCCCAGAUAUUCUUCCAGCAGAAAAAAUAGACCAAACACUCUCCAGCGUUACUGCUGACGACCUACCUGAGAAACACCCACCAGUUCAGAAGAAGACUUUUGCUCAAGCCCUCCUUCAGGGACUCCUUCCUAUUUUGGAAACAGGGAACACUUUGCAGGAAGAAGAUUUGAACACCACCCUCCUUUCUCCAGAAAUGUUGGAGGUCUCCCCAUCCUGCUCUCAUAUGGAUUCCAGCUUCUUGUCAGCAACUGAGGAUGUCUCCAAUGAAACCACUGUCUUGGCUCCAUCUCCAGAUUCUGGAAGGGAAGAGUUUAUGGCUCCUGAGCAAACAUGGGGUAGUCAAGGCAUGGCUGUGGAGGAGAGUCACCCUCCACCAGAACUGGAGGCAGUGACAGCAGAGUUGGAGCAUCUGAUGGUUGAGGUUGGAAACGUUGAGUCUGAAUGCUUGGCUGCCCCACUGAAUUGCUCUCCAGCAGAGGAACCUUCCCAGCAGAGCAUGGCCGUGUGUCUGCAUUACAGUGCUCUUGCUCAGACACCUAUGGCCACCACAUGGCAUGCUGUGGCACCAAGAGAUGCGUCGCCUGAACUUAGGAAUCAUCAACGGCUCUUCUUUGCUUCUGAAGACAAGAUAUAUUUGAGUGACUUCCAUGAAACUCAGCAUAGCCUUUCCAGUAGAAAUCUAGAGGUGGAGCAGGCUGAUGCUGCAGAAUAUUUGGGAAGCAUUGACAGGGAGGUGGCCACAGCCAGUUCUGAAACUUCCACCCCGGAGAACUCACCAACCACCCCUGCCCAGCUUGAACCAUCCGGUGCCUUGUUUCAAACUGAUGCUGGAGCCACGGUAUCUGCUGGUGUUCUUGCAGACCAGCAACAGGUAACCAGCAUGCUGCAAGGCUCUUUUGGAAACUUGGAGGACCGAAGAGUGGAGGCUGCCCAUCUCAUAAGUAGCCGCCUUGUAGCAGAAGCACAGAGCCUUCUUGGUAGCCUGAAGGAAAAUGUCUUGGAGAGCAUCUGUGGAGAGCACAUAAGAGAAGGAUUAGAACUAAAAUAUUCUGAAGAACUUGAAACCCCAAUGACUCUUGGGGAGGGGACUGCUGGUUACGAACAGAGAUCCUGGCAGCCUUGCAAGGAAGCCAAAGCUGAAGACCAGGCAGAGAUGGAGGCAGGUGCGAUAGACAAGGCUUCUCCUAUUUCAGAGAUGACAGAGAUGGAGGACACUCCAUUGCACGUUUCUGCACCAAACAAAGCAACCCAACCUGCCAUGGAAGAUGUCCGCUCUGCACCCGGGGAAGAUGAGGUUGAUGUCAUUGAUGGAAGCCCAACUCGGAGCCUGCCAGAAGAGCUCCCAAGGCCCGAAGCCAACAGUGUGGCAGAAGAGAAAACCAUGGAUGUGCUGGAGGUGAUAGAACUGGGGGACGCAGAAUUGGAGAUGACCCAUCCAAGGACGGAGAGUCUUCCCACUGAAAGCGUGGCACUCUCCCCUUCUGAAGAUGCCUUGUUGCCUCAGGACUCUCGGUCUCCCCCGGUGCAGGCUUCCGCUGGAACAUCGUCCCAAGAGACUCUUCCUUGUCCCCCAGAGCAACCCCUGUCCCCUGCCCCAGAGGAGACUCCUGUCUCCCGGCCUCCCUCCCCAAGGUCUGAGUUCCCAGAAGUGCCUCCUCUUUUGCCCUUGACGCUGCCACCUUCACCUCCCUCAGAGGGUCCCGUCCAAGGCCCAGCAGCUACCUCGCAGCUCACUCCUUUGACUGCCAGUCCUGGUGUGGAACACACUCCUUCCAAAGAGACUCCCCUCCUCCCGCAGGAUCCCCAAAAACCUCCUGUGGAAGCCCUUGAGAGCACCAGGUCUCCAGGGCCCUGCCAGCCCAACCAGCUCCCCAGCAGCAGAGAUGCCCGAGGGCGUAACCAGUUGCCUGGCAACAGAGACUCCCGAGCCAAGGACUUGGUGUCUACACGGGAGAAGCGAACUGGCCGGAGCUCCGUCCUGCUGGAGUCAAGCUCCAGCGAGGAGAGGGAACUGGAGACGCUACGCGAGGCGGCGGGCAUGAUGUUUUUGGAAGAGAAGAAGCCGUUGGUGGGGAAGAGGGUCUCGGACGUCAACCAUAAAGGAUCCUCCAAUGAUUCGGAAAGCAACGAAGGGUCGAUACCUGAAUUGGAAGAGUCGAACGCUCCAGUACCACGGACAGUUCAGACAGCACAGGCACAACUGACGCAUUCUCUGGGGACUGGCGAAGAAUCCAUUAGCAAAGCCAAGCAGAGCCGGAGCGAGAAGAAAGCUCGGAAGGCCAUGUCCAAGCUGGGUCUGCGCCAAAUCCAUGGCGUCACCAGGAUCACCAUCCGCAAAUCCAAGAAUAUCUUGUUUGUGAUAACGAAGCCGGAUGUCUUCAAAAGCCCGGCCUCGGACAUCUACAUUGUCUUUGGAGAAGCCAAGAUUGAAGACCUCUCGCAGCAGGUGCACAAGGCUGCAGCAGAGAAGUUCAAAGUGCCCGUGGAGCACUCGCCCUUGAUCACAGAAACAGCCCCCACCCUCACCAUCAAGGAGGAGAGCGAGGAAGAGGAGGAGGUGGAUGAAACAGGUCUGGAGGCGAGAGAUAUUGAGUUGGUCAUGGCCCAGGCCAACGUGUCCCGUCCCAAAGCUGUGCGAGCGCUCCGGCACAACAACAACGAUAUUGUCAACGCCAUAAUGGAGCUGACCAUGUAGUGACUGGUUGGUGCCCCCCCAGCCUCUGUCCCCCUUCUGUAUAGAUGCACAGUUGCCCAUAUCCAAUACAGCUGUUGUUUGUUAGGACUGCGGAGAUUUAGUCCCAGCUAUUCUACACGGACGAUGCUAUUGCUCAAUAAACGGUAUACUCACUUGUGCUGCA